AUAAACUGACCCACAAAACCAAUGAUGAGGGAUGUGAUGCACCCUAACGAUCAAAUUGACUACUGGGUUAGCCGAGCCGAUGAUCAAAUUGAAAUUUGCCUCUGCUACUCUGUUCUUUCUAUGCUGAAAUGGAAGAGCCCAAAGUUUACUCUCUGUCAGAGAUCUCCCGCCAUACCUCCAAUAAAGAUUGCUGGGUUCUCAUCAAGGGAAAGGUGAUUUUGAUCUUUCACGUUUAUGAUGUAACCGAUUUUUUGGAAGAACAUCCAGGAGGAGAAGCGGCUCUUUUAGAGGCAUCAGCCAAAGGAGAUGCUACAGAGGAUUUUGAGUAUGUGGGUCAUACCAUUAAGGCAAUCCGGAUGAUGAGUAAAUACUGUAUUGGUUUUCUAGAGGGUUGUGAUGCUUCCCAAGACACUGGAAUUUCUGGAACUGUGAAAGAAGAAAAUGAAUGGGCUUCUCUUGCAGCCAAGUCAAAACAUGGAAAGAAGCCCCUUGUUUCUAUGAACUUGUUUGAAUACCUUCUUGCUAUUUUCAUCUUUGUUGUGGCUUUUGUAGCUUGGUAUAAUCUCAACAAAGCCAGCUCCUAAGGUAUUCUUUGCUGAGUGACUUUUAGUAAACAAAGGUAAUAAGAUAAAAAUAUCAAUACAAUCCUAUUAGAUAAGAUAUUCCAUUUCUGGAUGCUGGAUAUUGCAUAUUUUGUAUGGAUUUGUAUGACAGUGUACUGAAUUCAUAUAAGACAUGAGUAUAUAUGACAAUCCCAUAAAUCUCUUUUAUGGUUUCA